AUCUAUAGAUCUGUCAAAACGGAGUAAUUAAGUGAAUGCAAAUAAUAUGAUAAAGAAACAAUAACUGGAAAUGUUAACUGUGUACAAAUUAUUAGAGAUUUCAAUACUUUAUAAACGAUGUGAAAUAUUCUAGUAAACAAAUUCUCUUAACAAUGAAUUACACCGGAUCGCUCGAUCCGGUGGCGAAGGGAUGGAACUUCUCGUCGACGGACUUCGCCGAGAUCACCAUGGAUCGAAAUUUUGCGCUGCUGCUCGUAUCCCUAAUAUCAGCGAUACUGUGGAUAGUUUAUAUAACGUACUACAAUAGUCGUGUUCUCGGCUACAUACUAACUAGAUUGAUUAAUAAAUUCUACUUUCAAGAUGAGAAUUUUAAAAUUGGUUCUUUUACUCUUAAUGCUCUCUCUGGCAAAAUCAUGUUUCGUGAUAUUGUUUACAUAAAUUAUGAUUACACUCUUCGCAUUCAAGAUGGUUACCUGAUAUUUAGAUGGUGGCGUUCCUAUGUUCCAAAAGAUGUUGCUGAAGAUUUAUCACAUUCGGAUACUCGUCUCUCUAUUAUGUUAAAUGGCUUUGAAUUACAUUUUUACAACCGAUGUGAUCUGUAUGCUGAACUCGAAAAAACCUUUGGGCUUGAUCCAUACAUUAAACAACAACACGACGACGACGAUUCGGCCGAUCGGGACAAGGCCAUGAACGAUGCAAACGAAAAACGAAGACGAGCUCAAGAUACUGUACGAUCCGAAGCAGCUAUGGCCCGAACAUGGCGCGAUCUUAUACCUGUUAUUAAAAUUGAUAUUUGUUCUGGACGUAUUGUUUUUGGAAAUCGAUUGGUACCAACAACAUUAUCAAUCAGUAUAGAAGAGGCUCACUUGAUGUACAGUACAAAACCACCAGCAUCAAGCUUAGACCAUCUAAUGCACUUUGUAAAGGCGAAAGCUGAAAAUUGCAAAGUUAUGUUGGCACCAAGUCCAAAUUAUACUGCUAUGGUAGAUGAACCACCCAGAUAUAUGGGAGAAGGAUUUGUCAUUAUGAGCUCUAACUACAUGGAAGUUUAUUUCUAUAUGGAUGAGCCUGGCUUAGUGCCAGAACAACCUGUGUUACUCCAGCUAGCGAAUGGUGACAUAGUUGAAUCGGCGCCACCUAUUUGGGGUGUGGAUAUUAAAUGUGGUAAAGGAACUGAUUUUAGUUAUGGUCCUUGGGCAGACCGGCAAAGAGAUCAUUUAUUUAAAUUCUUUUUUCCUCCUAAUUACAAGAAUUUGGAAGUAACUCCACAGCCAAAACCUGGUGAUAGAAGGCAGAUGCAGUCUUUCGAUAUUCGAUUAUCGACUUUAAAUGAAGCCACAAUAGACAUAUUGUUUACAAAAAAUAAAGAAACCAAUGCUGUUCAUAUAAAUAUUGGAGCAGGGUCUUACCUUGAAGUUACUUUACCAUGGAUCGUACUGCAAGAUGGAUAUACAACAAAAAUUACUGGACAGCUGUUACAUUUGGAAGCGACUACUAGUCUUCAAUAUAGGAGCUUAGCUGAAAGUGAGACUCUAGAAUAUACAGUCAAAUGUCAUUAUCCACUUGUAUGGAAUCAUCACCAAUGUUGGCAGCUUUCUUUGACUGGAUGUAAAGCUACUGCACACUUUGUUUACACUCAUAUUGAUUUCUUUCAAGAUCUAACUAAUGACUGGGCCAGCAAAGCUCGGCCAGAUAUAUUACACUUUGUCCCUUACACAUGGAAAAUAUCUUUGCUUUUGAAAGAAUGCGAAGUGGUCACAGUAAGUAAUCAAUACAACUGGAUAGAUUGCAGUUCAACUAAUCAAGAAAAUAAUCAUGUUGCUUUUUGUGGUGACUUACUGGAUUUGUCUUUCGACUUACCCUUUACGGAUUUCUUGCCAGAUGUCAUUCCUCUAAAGAUAUGGGUACAAGGUGAAGCUGUUGAUAUGAGUCUUUAUUUGCCAGAAGUCAACACAUCACGAUUAUUGCUCUUAUCUAUUGAUAAAAACAUGAAGCUCAUUCCAUGUAGAUUAAAAUCAUCGAAGUGGCGUAGGAAAUGUGUUAAAAGUCAAGGUUGGGUAGACUGUUGGUCUGUUCCAAUAGUUGCACUAAGUGUUCGAUACAAUUACCAUCCUAUACCACCUCUGGGACCAGAGCCACAAGCGGAUAUUACAACACCGGAAAAGGAAGAAAUACUAUUAUCACCAAUGAGAAUACCCCGAAUGAGAAAGCAACCUCAAAUAAAUUGGGCUUUAGAUGGGAACAACUUUGAUCGUACAACUCUUACCCCAGAUAAAGUGAGUGUUGAACUUGAGGUAGGGCCGUCUAUCUUACUUGCCUACGGCACUAUAAUCACAAGUUUCAUAAACUUACUGGAAAAUAUUUUUGGAGAAGACCAAUCAUUUACAGACAUGCAAAAAACACCUAAUAUGGAAACAUAUUAUUGGUCCAGUGAAAACCCUACGAAGUUAAAUGAUAGAAGUAGUAUAAAUCAACAUGAGAUAUCAAUUGAUGACUCGAGUGAUUCCAGCAAGGGCCCUUUCGAUCCACGCCGUUGUCGCCCAUUAGACGUUACCGUGUCAAUUAUAAUUCAUGAUAUACAAGCACACCUGGUUAAAAAUUGUAGUGAAAAUGAGCCACCCUGUCCUGUGAUAUUAAUUGAAAGAUUCGGUUUUGAAAUGGAUAAAAGUUUUCGUGAGACUAAACUCCAGCUCUUGUUAAGUCCAUCGAUAUUGAUUUCCUCAAACAACCCUUCACGAUCUAAUUCGAAUGGGAUUAAUAGUUCAAACGCUCUUCAACAAGGACAUCUAAUGCUUUCAUCGUUCCAGCUGAGAGGAAAUGGUUUUUUUAGUGACACUAAUAGAUCCGUCGAAGAAGAAACAAUUGAGUAUGCUUGGAUGAUGGAACUGCAAUUGGGUCAAUUGACUGGGCGACUGACAUUACCACAGCUUUAUCAAAUUAUUUCAUCACUUGAAACAUUUUUACUUCUUAUUAGUGAUAACGAAAAUGAACUGACGCCUCCUAACACCGCUAAACAAUGCCACCAUGGACUAAAUAAUGUUUUAUGUCCAGAAACAGACCUAGCACUUAAAUAUCGCUGUCCCACUCCGAAUGAAAUAAAAUAUAGGAUGAUUCGGGUCGCUAUUGAUCUCAUCGAUAUUUACGUCGCCGACACAAAUACAACUCUUCAAACGUGGAUAUCACCGAUUAGAUUAUCAUUUUGUAAUUUACAUGGGUCUGGAUUUGGAACCGGCAUCACUGGACUUUUGCCAAAUAUUAAACUUGCACUUUAUACACAGACCAACAUGCAAGCUAAUACUCAUCACCACUCCAGUGGAAGCAACGGAAGUCAAGCAAACAAAGUACCAGAAAAUGAAAAUUGGGUAGGAGUGGGAUCGAUGUCUUUGGGUCCUUUACUCAUAGAAGCUGCUUCAUCAUUACCACAAAGUCCAAAAAAUUUACACCUUGUCCAGCAAAAGUUUUUAAAAUUACAUGACGAAAAGUUUAAAAGAUUGUGGUUCUUGUGGCCAAGUGAAGGUAAAGGUACCCAGUGCGGAUGUAUUGGAGGUUGUAAAUUUUUCGGUUCAAAUAGAAAUGGUGCCAACUUUUUAAAGCCAAGUUCUUCGGACUUACUCGAAGGAAUAAACAUAGCUGUAUUCAACGUAAUUGAAACGUCUCCUGGAGAAUAUGGUUACGGUCAAAGCUUACUUCAUCCUGGACAGUUGGUUUUCCAUACACCACCAUAUAAUAAUUUAAAUGUUUGUUUGCAACCGACAAAUGUAUCAACUUUGAUCCCAUCACCUUUGCCGCAAAAUCUUAGCAAAUCGCCGCAAAGCAUAGACAGAAGAAGCCUCACUCGAAGGUUUUCUUAUACGAGCAUGAGUAAAGGCAGCAAUAAUGUUUUAGUAUCAAGUACAAAAAGUGAUGUUCCAUACGCUCGUCUAGUAGAUUCUACAGUUCCUCUGGGUAGUUCAAAAAUUGACAGCGACUCUAAACUUAAUAAAACUGUUUUAAAUGUACCCCAGAUGGAAAGCAGCGUUUCUGAUUCGAAACUAGCUCUCAGCUGUGGUUUAAAGGAAUGUUCAAAUAUUAAUGUUAAAAGACCUGUUCAACCCGACAUUGAUCAAUUUGUAGUACCCAGAGUACCACCAAGAAGUGUAGCAGUAUCCGACUCUCAUUACUCGCUCAAUUCACAACCUCCGCAAGAAGAUGCUAUGGUACCGGAAGUCCAGCGAACCAUAUCGAUUACAAGCGAAAAUCAUUCAGAAGCAUUUUUUUCAGCAGAUGAAGAUAUGUUCCCUAGUCGUUCAUCAAGUUUAAAACAUUCUUUCGGUAGUCGACGGAGUAAUCCCAAAGAACACACUUCGUAUGGAAUCGGAGAUGGCAAUAGUGAAAAAUGGUUAAACAUCGGACACAGGUCAGAAAUAGUCGAUGGUCACGACACAAUAAGCAAUUUAAGUGCAGGCGUUCAGCCUGACUCAGAGAGUGGAUCGGUGUCAUCAACUUCAUUCAUAUCUGCUAUAUCUUCUCAAGAAGAUAUGACACUAGUCAAUCUUCAUAUGCAAACCAAUAAGCCCAUUGUAGAUUCUCCUUUACUUAUGUCGAGUUAUAUAAACAAUUUGCCGCAGUAUAGAUGUUGUAAUUGGUCAACCUGUUCCUUGCCGAGUGGCAGUGACGUAUUCACAUUGCCGCUAUUUAAGAGAGCUGAAGAUGGCUCCUUGGUAUACGUUGGCCAAAAGUAUCUUCCAACUUUUGAACACGUGGGUAAAGUGCAGUCAUUGAAAUUAAUAUCAAAGAAAGACGUUCAUACUAAUCAAAAUCAACAUGGCCCUUAUUCAAAUUUACCGUCACAUUUCAACUCUCAAAUUAAAUCACAUCCUUAUCCACAAGCGUGGUGGGAUUUACAACAGAACGUACAAGAUAAUCAAGAAAACACAACGGAUAAAAGUAGUACAUCUACAAUAACAACGACGAGUGAUAGCAAAAACGGCCUAUUCGUGAAAUUGCGCGGUGAGGUCGACGUAAUGCUAACACCGCUGGUCUUAGAAAGCACUCAAAAGUUCGUUGAAUCUUUGACGCCAGUAUUAGCAAACAUCCACCCCAUAACUGUUAUAAACCAUUUGCGUUUACUUUGUAUUUCAUCAGUGGAAUCGUCGAACGUAUUGAAACAAAAACAGUAUGUACUAAACUGGUUACCCCAAAUGCAAGCUACUAAUGGGUCUAGUAUAGUAAUGGAGAAAGAUGACAAAUGCAAACUUGCGACGAUAGCGCAUUCUAAUAUAUACGAAGAGACCGUGUGCGAUCAACUCCAAGCCACGGUCACAGUACCUAAAGUUAAUAUCAUUUUCAUUCAGUCUUCUGUCGUCGAAGACAUGAUAUCAUUUUCUGCACUUGAUAACAUACAAGAUUUGACUUGUGUUUCGCUAUUUGGUGUAUCUGUGGAAAAUAUAGUAGCCAAAUAUAUCAGCACAAAGAAAACUCUAGAAUCAGUGCAACUGUACUAUAGACCGACCCUUCGAGCGCUGGGUAGCAAGAAGUCAUUUGGCAUUAUGAAAGGACCACGCGCGUUAAUCUCAACGCAAUCCUCAGGAAGAAAACGAGGGCCGGAAAAGGGAGAACCGGUCUUUAUAGAGACGUCGCAACAACAGUGCGAGGAUACGACAAUUAAAUUAAACAUUGGAAAAGUCCACGGGCAGUUGCGUCGUAUUCGUAAUGAGUCAUCACAAUUAAAAGAUGCCACUAUUACCGGUAUUCCUUGUCAACAUUCAAAAGUCUCAUUUAAAUUUAUCAGAGGAGACUCGUGUGGAAAAGGAUGUGAUAAUAUGGGUUGUCAAAAUGGAGCAACGGAGGGUCAAAAAGAGAACUCCAUCGGAUACAUUAUGUUCGAAUGUGGUAUUGAAGGUGUUUCUAUUAAGGUAUCGAAACAUUCACAGUCUCAUAAACCGAACGAAGACAAAAAACAACAACGAACCGAUAGCGAAAGCUGCCGCGAAUCCGUCAAAUCCGCAGAGGAAUCGAAACCCGACAAGGAGAAGUCGAAAGGAUUACGCAAUUCAGGAAUCGAGGAGCUAUUUCGAAAAAGAGAAUCCAACUCCAAGCCCAGCACUCCCAACCUGAGCAGCGCCCAGCCGCCGCCCGUGCCGCCCGUCGCGCCCGAGCCCACCACGCCCGCGCCCGACGACCCCACCAACGACAGCACCACCACCGUCGUGCCCGUCAAGGACGGCGGCAACACGUCGUCGUGCUCGAUAGACUUCAAAGUGGUCUGGUUCAACUUCGCCGCACCACCGAGGACCCCCAUCACGAAGAAGAUCGAUUACACGAGACUAGAUUGGAACCUGCUGAGCACCGCGUCGCCCGCCAUCAACGCGUGGAUGAACCCGUGCAACCGGCUCGGCAUCCGCGUGGUGGCGCUGUACCGCGCGCGCGCGCGCCGCCUCGCCGCCACGGCCGCCAGCCUCAUGGCGUCGGCGCUGGACCGCGCGCCCGACCACACGCCGCCCAAGAGUCGCUACGGGCGCCACACGCCGAUGGCCAAGCAGCUGCGCGAGGAGCCGUCGCUGCAGCUGUGCGCCGUGCUGCUGCGGUACGCGCUGCAGGCCGACGCGGCCGCCGUGCAGGCCGACCUGGCCGAGCGGCACCUGCCCUCGCUGUCCACGCUGCGCCAGGGAGUGAUAGUUCUCACCAGACAGUGGAAAAAUAUUCUGUAUACUCCGCUUCUUUUGGAGCACAAUUACAAGAGCAAAGUUAUGAGACCACUCAACGUUACUUUCGCUUUGCCAGAUUUGCUCGAGGAUUCUGUAGAGGGUUGGCAAGAGUAUCAGUUCGACAACGAGGCGCUUGACGAGAACUGCCUUUUAUUGAACAUGGACGUGGACAACCUUACCAAUCAAAUUCCUGCGAGCGCGCCGACGCCCGCCGCUCGCCCGCACUCGUACCCGUCCACGCCUCCGUCCGUGCGAGCGGCACAGAGCAGUCGUGCGAGCCUAGUUUUUCCAUCGCUACCUUUCUCCACGAGGAAAACGCCAUUCCAAGACGACGCCAUUGCCAAAAGCAGAUCAGAUGAGAACUUUGACGAUUACGGAACGUUGAAAGAGGACCUGCCGACAGUGGGCUCGAACCCAUCGCUGUACUCCCAGGGCAGCCACGACAACAUCGCCAACGACCGCGCCCGCGAGGAUCUCUACCAGUGGAUGGCCAAACAGGAGCCGAUCAAAGUGGAACCGAAGAGCAAGAAGCAUAUGAUGCCGCCGAAGAUGCCCGGUCGCGCCGUGUCGGCCGCCAUGCCCAACUGCAGCCUGUACCCGCUGCAGGGCUCGCUCAUGCUGCUGGACGCGCACCUGGUGUUCCAGCCCUUCCUGUCCGCGCUGGGCGUGUCUCCGCACCAGGUGGCGCACGGUGAAUCGAAGGUUAAGGGCGUCGGUGCCGAGGCCGGUUCGGGCCUAGAUUCCCUGGGCUCGAAACUGUCUCUCCUAGCAUGGGUGGACAUGUUCCGCAUCGAUAUCGUGGUGGGAGAGUUAGCCCGCGAUCGAAGACAUCAGAAUAGCAAAGGCAAGGCGAAUCAUCCGCACGUGGACAUACCUUCGGAAACUCCCGCAUUUCUUUGCGAGAAGAUAUCUAUCGACGUGGACUUGAAAAAAGUAGCGGACAUGGCGGUGGACGACCUCAUCCAGCGGCAGAACGUUCUGUACAUAUCGCGCGGGCAACUCAAGAAACACAUCAGCACCAUGCUCAAUUUCAACAUCAGUAUUCGCUUUAUAUCGCAACAGGUGAACAUGCCACUGCUGCGGCUGCUGCAUCAGAUCAGCAACAUGUACCAGAACGUGAAGGACACGCAGAGCGAGCUUCGCACGCAGACCAACUCUUCGCGCCGUCACGACAAACAUCCUUCUGUGUCCGACUUCCCGGAAAACGUCGUGAGCAUGUCAUCCCUGGACAAGGACAGCCAGUACGCCACGCUGGAGCCCAAGUGGGAGCUGUCGGUGGCGCCCGAGCCGCCCGUGCCGGGCUCCGACAAGGGCACGCCCCCCCCGCCCAGGCCGCGCCCGCAGUCCUUCGCGCAGAAGCUGCGCUCCACCGGCAAGACCGUUAAAGGAAAACUCGGCUACAGCUCGCUGAGCGAGGGCGCGCACACGCCCAUGUUCGCGGCCAGCGCGCCCGAGCCGCCGCCGCCCCGCGGGCAGCUGGCGCCGCGCUGCUGGCGCACCGUGUACCUGCUGCUCGACCUGUACGCCAACAUGCCCGACGCCGACACCAUCACGCACAGGUUCUCCGUGUCGACGGAGCUGCCCGAGGCGUACCGCGGUCGGGCGCGGCCGAGCUCGCGCGAGCAGAACGCCAGCAACUCCUCGUCCAGCGCCACUGGCAUGGGUAUCGUCGUGGUCGGCGUCGCCAGAAUCCAUCGCACGCGCCUGUUGGCCUCCUUGUCGGGGUUGAAGCUCGAGGCGGAGAUCACGUCGCUCCAGGCUUCGCUGUCGGCGUCUCGUGCACGCCAGUGGUCGCUGAACGGAAAUCUUGGCCGCACUGCUAUCGUGCUGCUCGAAGGAACGGCACCCAAUCAUCAGACGGUGGUGCGGGUGAGCGUGGGCAAGUCGCAGGCGCUGUACGCGUGGGAGGGAGGGCGGCUGGGUGCAACGGCGCUGGCUGCCAUCGGCGGCGUGCGCGUGGACCUCCCGCAGCACCCCGUGGCGCUGCACGGCGUCAUGACGCGCUCCAGCAAACAGCUGUCGUCCACGCUGCAGGAGCUGGGCGUGACGCGCACGUCGUCGCGCAUGUCGCGCGGCGCGGCGGGCGCGGCGGGCGACGACGACGACGACGGCAGCCCGCCGCCCGCGCCGCGCCCGCCGCCCGCCGCCGCGCUGCGACCCGACCCGCUGCUGCAGCCGCUGCAGCUGCAGUUCUCGCUCGUACUGCAGAGCCUGAGCGUGACGGCGGCGCUGCUGCCGUCGCUGCAGGCGCAGUACAAGAUGGAGCGCGUGCAGAGCGCGGGCGUGACGGCGGGCCGCGCGCACUUCACGGUGGAGCUGCCGCACCACUCGCUCAGCUUCGUCACCAAGCUGCAGGUGACGGAGGCCAACAUCCCCGCGGCGGCGUCGGUGGCGCUGCCCGCCGUGUCGUGUCGGGCGCGCGUGUUGGACUGCGACCCGCAGGAGCGCAGCGACGCAGACUCCGCCGACACGGCCGACGCCAGAGCGGCGCCGGAGGGCGUGGUGCUGCGCGCGGGGCGCUACUUGUCGGCGACGGCCGACAUCGGCCUCUUCGAGCACACGCUCUCCACGGACCUGUUGAAUCAUCUGGUUUUCGUACAAAAAGUUUUUAUGAAGGAGGUCAAUGAAGUGGUACAAAAAGUGUACGGCGGGGAAAAACCGGUGCCGCUGUGGAACGAGGAAGAAGUAUCUUCGUCUGCCUUUAACAGGAUGCUGUUCUCCCUUCUGAUCAGAAUAAAGCGCAUCCAGCUGACGGCGACGACGCCCAGCAACUCGGCCGUGCGGCUGGAGACGGGCGCCGUGGAGCUGGAGCUGUCCAACCGCGUGCAGAACGUGCCGCAGCCCGCCGGCCCGCACGGCCUGCGCCUGUUCGCGCGCGCGCAGGUCGACGUGAACCUCAGCCUAGGACAACUUAUAAGGAACGCUAUGUUCGAGGAAGCCGAGCCGGAAUUCCAACAGUAUGCUUUCUUCAACACCAGAAUAGCGAUGCGAAACGCUUUCCAAGACGAAAUAGUUUGCGAGGAGGAUAAGGAAGUAGUCCUGAUUACGUUAAAGCGUCCGCUCAUAUACAUACAGCCCGUGGCCGUGGACAAGGCGAUCCUCGUCUGGCUAAACUAUAAAAACGCGUACGAGUACUGGAACGAGAAACGAAUGAGCCUGAACAAGGAAGUGCUCACGGCUACGCAGCAGGUGUUCGAAAAGGUACAAUUGAGUUCGAACAUUUCGCCGCCGCAUCUCAGCACUCUAUUCUUACAACUCAAUGUCGACGAGAUCGGCAUCUGUCUGCCUCUCAACCAGCUGCCACUGUCGUCGUGGGGCCGCGGCUGCUACGAGGCGGAGUCUCGCGGCGCGGUGGUGGUGACCCUGGAGAGCACCAGCAUCUCUGCCUGCAGCUCGGGCUCGCUCGUCAGCAAGGGCCGCUUCGUGGGCCUCUGUCUGCGUUUCGCCGACGACUUCGAGGCCUCGCUCGACGACUGGAAGCCCGACCCCGGCGAGGCCUGCAUCAACGUGUGCUGCGUAUCCGAGGGCACCUACGAGGUCUGCAGCAGGACAACGGCGGCCAAGCACAACGAAAACGCAAAAUGGUUCCUGAACGUAUCGUGGCAAAUGGAAGGCGUGGAUAUACACUUGGACGUGAAUGUUGGCAAGCAGUUGUCGGCACUCGGACACACUCUGACUAUGUUGACUGGUUUCGAGGAGGAAGAUCCUCUGAAAAUGGAUUACGAAAGUGACUUGGACGAUGAAGCGGAUAACAGCAAAGACUCUCAGGAAAGCAUUGUGUUCCGUCGCAAAUAUACGGAUCACCUUCCGUCGUUCGUGUUCGACCCGAGCAUUGACGCCAAGAAGCGGUCCAAGCUAAUCGAGAAGGAGAUGACGGAGCAGGCCAAGAUCAUCAACGACCUGCGCGCACUGGGCGCCAGCCACAGCACGGUGGAGUACGAGCUGAGGCGCCUGCACGACCUGGAGGCGCUCGUGUUUAAGGAUUUCCGGAGGGACAUGAUACAAAAGCUGCGUCGUCAGAGCGUACGCGCGAGCUCCAUCACGAAGGGCAAGCUGGGCCUCGGCUCCAACCGCAGUCGCUCCUUCGUGUCCGCGCCCGCCCCGCCCGCCGAGCCCCACAUAGACUUCGAUCAACGUUUCAAUUCGUACAGUGCGUCCGAGCCGCUGGGGUCGCUGGGCAUGUCGAGCGCGGUGGGCGAGUCCGGCGAGACGCUGCUGCUGGCCGACGACGACACGCGGCUCGCGGACAUCAUCGAGGGCGCCUCCUGGAGCUCCGCCGACAGCGACCCGCUCGCCGGCGCGGGCCCGUCGCGCUCGGCGUCGCUGCGCGCGGCGCGCGGGGAGCCGCGGCCCGGCGCGCGCGUCACCUUCUCGGGCGGCGUGCAGCGCCAGAGCAGCCUGCCGGCGCCCUGGCCGCCGCACGAGCGCGACCCGCCCCCGCAGACGACGCCCCCGGACGCUCCGGGCCCGAGCCAGCCCGAGAGCAAGCAGACCAAGACCAAGACCGCCGAGCCCAACAUAGACUUCGAGCUCGACGUCAAGGUGCACAUCAACAGCGGCAAGUGCGUGCUGCACACCAAGGAUAUCUCCCGGGAGGACGAGAUGAAAAUCGGCGGCAGCGGCGGCAGCAGCCACAGCGGCAGUCGGUCGCGCGUGGGCCGCUCGGCGUCGGGCGGGCUGGACGCGCGGCGCGCCCGCCUGCCGCCGCCGCCCGACCUCACCGUGUUCCAGGUGCCCGGCCUGCAGCUCAAGGUGCACUACGAAUCGAAGACCCUCCCAGAGGAGUCCGUCUCUCCGCAGACGAUACCCACGAUGCCGCUGAACCCGAACGUGCGGAAAGUGGGGACGAAGAAGGCGGCCCUGUUCGCCUGGAUCACGCUGCAGAGCAUACCCGAAGAGACCAUCAUCAGCCCGCACAUCCUGGAGUUCCUCGAGCAGACCCUCGAGCCGAUUCCGACGAAAGCAUCGUUCACCCCUCCCAUGCCAGCGCGCGGCGCGGCGGAGGGAGCGGCGGAGGGCGAGGCGGAGGGCGGCACGUACGGCCAGUACGUGUACGCGUCGUUCCCCGUGGACGUCAUCGUGCACUUCCACACGCGCCCGUCCGCCUUCCGCUUCAGCUGCCUGCCCGCCUCGCGCGUCGAGUGCCUGCUGCAGCUGCCCAGCCUGCAGAUCGUCUUCAGUUCCAAACGAGCCGGCGAUGAAGAGACGGCCGAACCAGCGAUCGCGAUGGGCGGGCUGAGUGUGACGGGCUGCCUGGCCGACUUCUCGGUAUACAUUUUCCACCCCUACGGCGGCAAGAAGUCCAGCCUCAAGGAGGCGCAGUGGUCGCCGCUGGCCGACACCGAGCGCAAAGACUCGCUGUCCGUUAACGUCGAGUUCGUCAAGUUCCACCUCUCGCGCUUCAGGAAACUCGACUUCCAGACGGAUCACGACCAGUCCAAGGCCACUGUCAGGUUUUCGACGAUCGUAGACGUGGGGUCGGCGUGGUUCAAAUACGACAUGCGGCGGCUGAGCGAAAUUCUGGCUUUCCCUAAGGCGUGGUACCGCCGCAGCAUUGUGCGCAGACUGUUCCUGGGGGACGUCAGCUUACAGCGACCACAGUCGGGAACGUCAAGUAACAACGCGCCCCUGUCUCCGGUGCUACCCCAACGUGAAAAAACUAAAACGAACGAUUCUCAGAAACCUAAGGAGAGCAAGGCCGAGGUCGCGGCGUGGGAGACGCUGGUCCUGUUCGCGGUGAACUUCGAGCGCCUCAACGUGCACAUGAACAUGGGGAACGUCAUGGGCAACGUCAGCUGGCAGUCGCGCUCGCUGGGCGCGCGCGGCCGCCUCAGCAUCGGCAGCGCGCGGCGCCGCUCCGUGGCCGGCCGCCUGGCGCUGGGCGGCGCGGCGCUCGAGGCGCGCGGCGGCAUCGUGGGCGGCUCCUUCGCGCUGUCGGGCGCGCGCCUGCACGCGCUGCUGCAGCAGGAGCCGCCCGCGCACGUGGCCGCGCUGCGCCUGGCCGCGCUCGAGCUGCGCCUCGACUACAUGGGCGCGCCGGCGCUGCUGGCGCGCCUCAGCCGCCCGCAGGCCGCGCUGCGCGACCGCUGGCGCCACGCGCCGCCCGGUCGUCCGGCGACGAUCAUCGCGCACGGCACGCUGACCUGGCAGCAGCUGCAGAUCCUGAUGAGCCGCAGCACGACGCCGGAGCUGCUGAAGAUGCAGCUGAAGCUCGAGGAGUUUUUCACGCAACAGUUCAAGUCCGGGAAACGCGUGUUUUCGUCGCUGCACUCGGCGCAUGCGCCCGGGGCGCGGCCCUCGCGCGACCGGAAAGACCAAGCGAGUGCAGCUGCAGGCGCAGGUGCGGGCGCGGGUGCCGGCACGGGUACAGGUCCAGGCGCAGGCGCAGGUACAAGCGCAGGCGCAGGUACUAGCACAGGUACAGGCACAGGCGAGCUACGACACCACCGGCACUGGCAGCGGGUGCUGCGCCUAGUGUCGGCGGCUCCUAACACGCACGUCCUGGGCGGAACCCUGGAGCUGCAAGGCUCGAACAUCUCGCUGGCGUGCUUCCACGGCAACAGCCUGAAGGCGAAGUCGUGGGCGCUCUUCAGCCUCAAGGACCCCUGCAUCAGCUUCGCCACCGAGGCGCAGCAGAUCGAGAACGAGGAGGCGGGGCGCGGCGCGCGCACGCGGGCGGUGCAGUCGCUCACGGCCAGCCUGGGCGCGGGGGGCGCGGGCGCGGGCGGCGCGGGCGGCCACCAGUCGCUGGCCACCGUGUGCCGCAUCUCGCGCACCGUGCUGUUCCCGCCGCAGUUCAAGACGCUGCACGAGUGGUUCCACUACGCCUUCGCCGACAGCGAGAUCGACGCCAUCGACCAGUUCCCGUCGCUGGAGCGGGAGAACACGGGCACGACGGGCAGCACCGGCAGCGCCGGCGCCACCGCCAGCAAGCCGGCCGAGCGCCACGCGCGGGAGGUCAUCUUCGCGCUGCCGGCGCUGCAGAUGCACCUGCGCACCAGCCACCUGCAGGACGCGCAGCCGCCCACCGAGCGCGACGAAAAACCGAUAGUGGAGUGUAGUUUCAUCACGGAGUUCGAGGACCACAUCUUCGUGUCGGUGGACGCGGAGGCCUUCCUCUUCCUGCACGACCUCAUCUCCUCGUACAUCAAGGAGAAGGAGCGAUUCAUGCCGGGCCGAGCGGGCGCGGCCGACGCGCAGCCGCCGCAGGACUACCGCGACUACCGCUGCCUCACGUGGCACCUCGAGCCCACCGUGCGACUGCUGUCGUGGGCCGGCAAGUCCAUCGAGCCGUACGGCGUGGACUACAUCCUGCAGAAGCUGGGCUUCAGCCACGCGCGCACCACGAUCCCGAAGUGGCUGCAGCGCGGCGCGCUGGACCCCGCCGACCGCCUGCUGGCGCUCGUGCUGCGCCGCCUCGUGGCGCUCGUGCCGCACCGGCCCGCCGCGCACCCGGGACACGCUAUGUAUCAGUAACCGAGCGUAGAUAACUCGAACGUAGUCAAAAGUGUUUUUGUUGCAAUUCAAUUAUAUUAUGAAUGCUAAUUCAACUACUUUUAGAUCGAAUCAGACAUAGAAAUAAACCCUCCCUUGCAUCACUAUAAUAUUUAGUCUAAAUACAGAUUAUACUGCAAUAUUUGAUAUGAAAUCUUAAAUAUUACGAUCAAGUCUUAGUGAAAUUUAAAAUACUUUCUUCCAUACGUUUUGGUUAAUCAACAAAUGUUAUUUAAGGGUGACUAGUUAAACAAUGCCGUGCCUUCUUCUUUCGAAUGUAAAAUGAAUAAUGUUAGAAAGAGAUAACUGUGUGUAACUAAGCACCCGCUAAACAACGCUUACAAGGUGUAGUCGAUAUUAUUUAAUGUUUAUUUUUUUCCCUAUUUGAUUUCAGCACUCAUUAACUUACCGCCGAUUCUUACACAUUCGAAGACUUUCUUUCAUUUAGAGUGAUUUAUUUUAGGAAGUAUUUAUUGUAAGUACCGCGAAUAGCAUCGCGUGUUUUUUUUUAAAUAUAUUAUUUAAGUACAAAGUGCGUGUUAUUCGAUUAUGUAAUUAUUAUUUUGAAUGUACAGUCAGCCGUGAGUAUGCACAUAUCAAUUCGGAUUAAUUUAAUACAACUUACAAUGAACAUAAUAUUAUAAUAUUGAAUUUUUUCUAUGCAUAUUAAUGUCGCUGACUGUACUUCAUAGAUUUGAAAGUGUAUAAUUUUGUAGAAGUGUUUUCAUUGUGAUCACUAUUGACUGUUAGUUUAGUAGUUAUUGUAUUGGGUUUAGGAAUAGAUGGAUAGUGGACGAGGCCUACAUAGAACUUAUUCCAUUAUAAAUAAGGGCCACUUUGCAACGUCAGGUAGCGCGGUAGGUGUUGUUAAUAUAGUAGCGCGAUUUUCGAAUUAUAAAUAUCUUAAAUAUUAAAUAAUCAUAUAUUUCAAUGUAAUUUAUUCAAUAAUGAUAAUUAAAUAAUGGGCGGGUAAAGGAAACAAAACUGUUAUCAAAAAUGACCAAAAAUUUGAUUAUAUUGAUAUUUAUUACUGUAUAUUAGAAUUUCAUUAUCAAGAUUUAAAAAAAUAAUUAAUUAUUUAAUAAAUACACACAAUAUGAUAAAAGUUUUAUAAUAAUUUUACAAUAUUUGAAUUUUAUUAUAUAUAAUUUUUUUAAUAAUUGAUCGACAUUGAACUCUUCGUCCUCCGUCACAAUGAGCAGCGUCGUAGUUGGAUAUUUUAUCUCGAUGUGGGAAUAAAGGAACGUCUGUAACGCCAGACUUAUAUUAUGUAUUUGAUAUAUUUUAUUACGGAACGUGAUUUGUAAAUAAUGAAUGUGAUACGAAUAAAAGUAUAUUAACUAUAA